AUGAACCGCUGGCAGAAUCGCGUUGCAGUUGUUACUGGUGCAAGUUCAGGUAUUGGAGCUGAAUGCUGCAAGGAUCUGGUGGCAAAGGGUAUGAUUGUUGUGGGCCUGGCACGUCGAGCAGACCGACUGGAGGAGUUAAAGGCAGCUUUGCCUACGGAACAGGCUGCACGUUUUUAUGGACAUCAGUGUGACGUCAGCGUUGAGCAACAGGUAAUCGACUCGUUUGCCUGGAUCGAUAAGACUCUGGGCGGUGCAGAUGUGCUGAUCAAUAAUGCUGGAAUUGUACGCCGAAUCAACAUAACAGAUAAAGGAAAUAGUGUCGAUCUGCAGGAUAUACUGAAUACCAAUGUUUUGGGAGUCACCUGGUGCACACGUGAGGCAUUUCUCUCAAUGAGGAAACGCCAGAUAAACGAUGGACAUGUGGUCAUUAUCAAUAGCGUAGCUGGUCACAGUGUUCCCAUUGCUCCUGGCUUUAGUUUGAAUAUGUAUGCACCAUCUAAGCAUGCUAUUACUGCGCUAACUGAAGUACUCCGUCAGGAGUUCUUUAACAAGGGUACCAUGAUCAAAGUUACAAGCAUCAGUCCCGGAGUCGUUAAUACCGAAAUUUUUAAUGAAAAGUCUCCAGAAGUUGUAUCUAAAAUGCCCAUGUUACGUCCAGAAGAUGUGGCUGAUGCAGUAAUUUACUGUAUUCAGACACCGCCCAAUGUGCAAAUUCACGAGCUGACCAUCAAGCCAGUCGGAGAAAGAUUCUAGAUUUACUUGUCAACAUUUUAUUCAUUGUAAAUUAGGAAAAAUAUUAUAUAAGUAGUUUUCGCAGAUGCCCAGGUGCAAGCAUUAAUAAAUAACAAAAUUUGUCUU